AUGGGAGAAGGGUACAGAGGGAUUAGAAUUCCCAAAUAUCAUUUAGACCGGAGUACGCUGUUUGAGAUGUUUCAUCAUUACCAUCAGCCCCCAGGCACCGGUUAUGCGGCACCUCGAGCUCGUUGGCAGUACUGGUGGUUCCGUAGAGCACCUCGAAACAGACAUCUUCAUGAUUCAAAACCCAAACCAUUGGUUCACACCGGUAACCCAAAGGGAACUACAGCCAUAUGCCUUGUGUUUUUAGGGAUAUUCUGUGUGAUAUUGGGAUUGUUCAUGGCAGGUUUCGGUUACAGUUACCCCUACAAGUUCCCUCUGCAGAUUGUUGGCCCUCUCCUUUUAGGUUUGGGUUCUCUCAUGAUGCUUAUUGGAAUCAUACUGUGUUUAGUAGUCAGAAAGGAACUUAGCAGUCAACUGGAUACUGCUACUUCGCCUGCAAUUGUUAUGUCUGAAAGUGAGGAAAAAAAUCUGCCAUCUUCUUCCUCACUUCCCACUGUUCACUCACCACCUGUUCAUCUCGUGAGCAUAAAUGGCACAUCCGUAAUUACAGAUUCUCCAUCAUCUCCAACAAGAUCACCACAUUCACCUCUCAAAAGUCCUGAUAAUGGUUAUCCACCGUGUUCUCCAUCAGUUAUCAUAACUCCACCUGAAGGGGCACAAUCACCAAAGGCAAUAAGACUACCCUUUCAACCUGUUGGACCUGCAUUUCGCAUAUCUGAAAAAGAUCUACGAGCCGCUUCUAUGGAGAGGCUGAAUGAAAUUGAUCAGAAUAAGAAAAAGGCUGGCCAUUUGGAUGAUAUAUCCUUGGAGAUCGAGGAGCGGGAAAACAGACGGGAAAACCGACGGACACAAAUUGACAAAACUUGA